AGAAUUUUACUUUCAAGAAAUGCAGUUUUAAGAGUUUUAAAGGAGAAAUUCCAGAACUAAAAGUUUGGCCUUACCAAAAAUUGAAAACCAUAAAAAACUAACAGAACCUUGUCCUAUUAUUAAAAAAAAAGAACAACAAUAUUUCGAUAAAUAGAGAAAAAUUAUUUAUUGUUCUUAUCAAAGAGAUUUGAAAUAAGUAGAAUAUCAUUAUAUUCAGAUGAAACGAUCCUUUGAAAUUGCCACUAAACUAGACUAGGACGACCAGAGAAUUAUGAAAUAAAAAACCUUAGAUAUAAAACCAAAACAAAAAGUGGCCUAAAAACAUGAUGACAAUACAUUUCUUACAUAUGUUUGAAAUCCC